AGGGUGGCAGCGGCCCAGGGCGCAGCCGCAGGCGCCCCCGCUCGCGGAGUGGCGCGGUCGGGGGCGGCUGGGCCGAGGCGGAUGGCGAGAGGCGCCUCGCUGCUGCGAGUUCGGCCCCAACGCCGGCGCCGUGCGCGCAGCACGGGGAGCCACGUGGCGGGGACGCUGAGGAGGAAGCCGCUCAGCUGCUCGGCCGCGCAUCGGCUUGGGUCCGGGCGAGGUCUCCCCACCAGGGCGGGCCCGUGCUCGUGGACCCAGUCUCGCCGCUGGAGGGUGGCCUGGGACGCAGCAGGGGCCCCUUCGGAGGAGGGAUGUCUAUGUGGGACCACGAGCCUCCGGCGAGGGGGCCUCUCGUGCUCGGCCGCUGCUCUCGCAACCAGCCUUCCGCUGCUGCAUGGCCUUUUCUCUGUGCGUUGCUCUCCCACAUGCCCGACCUAACACUGAUGCGCGGCGAGCGUGUGCGCAGAUUAUUUUGCCACGGCGCCUCCGAGCACGCACUGCAUCCAGUGCGCUCCUCGCGUCGGCGCGUGCGCGGCAUGUGGCCUUCCGUUUCCGUCUGCCACAUGGCCCCCCCCCUCAGUGCGCUCCAUGUCAUCCUCUUCCUCAUCCCCCUGCUCCUCAUUUUCUCCCUCCUCACAACCUCCUAG